CAAAAUUGUGCUUCAUAUGCUUCUGGUCAUGAUUCUCUCUUUUUUUGCCACUUAGCACUCUUUCUAUCUUGGUUUCCUGAGUCUGGUGCUCCCUGCAUCAGCUGACUGAACUGUCCCACUGGGUUUCAAGAACAUCAGGAUAUUUUAGUCAUGGCCAAGAGUCUCCAACAUCGUGGCUGCCUCAGUCCAGAAGGGAUUCUCCGAGAGAUCCAGAUCAACCUACUGGAGUGCAAAGUUUGCUUCGAGACGUUUAGCUCUCAGCAGAGGGAGCGCAGACCACAGAACCUUUCCUGUGGCCAUGUACUCUGUCUGGAAUGCAUCACAGCUUUGUCCCACCCUCUCCUGAGGAAGCUGGAGUGCCCUUUCUGUCGACAGUUAUGCAGUGUUGAUCGCACCUCCCACUGCCAGGUUCUUUGUGACCUGAAGGAGCUUCUCUUGUCUCAAAAUCCCUCACCGUCCCCUCGUCCUCACAGAGCAAAAGGUGGCUUUAUGUUUCCCACAGGUUUGACAUGCACAGCUCUUCUCCUGCAUACUGUAUUUGGCGGGUGGGGGAGUCUUAUCAACCCCACUGGGAUAGCUGUUUUGGGGUCCUCAGGGACAAUAGUUGUGGUCCACGAUGGAGAGAAGAGGGUGGUGGUCUUCAAUCUACAGGGAAAGAAGCUUCACAGCUUUGGACGAAGAGGAGCAGCCAGUGGGGAGAUCUGUUACCCAGUGGAUGUGGCAGUGACUCCCACUGGUUAUGUGGUUGUGACUGAUGCAGGGGAUAAAGCUGUAAAAGUGUUCACGUCCAGGGGGAAUUAUGUGUUGACAAUCAAAGGUUCUUUCCAGAUGCCCUGGGGCGUGGACACAGACAGCUGUGGACACAUCCUGGUCUCUGAUGUUGAGGCCGGCACCCUCUCCUGGGUGAAGGUGGACUAUAGUCGUGGUCUCAUUCUAGAGCAUCAAACAACCAUUUCAGACCUUCAGUGCCCCAAAGCGGUGGCCUACUGUUGGGUGAAUGGGAACACCGGAGUGAUGGAGCACUUAACUAAUGUCACAAAUCCAACAGAGAGAGAAGGCCAACACAGAAGGCUGAGAGUUUUUACAAAAGAGUUCCACCUCCUUUACCAGACAGAUAGUUUCAGCCUGACCCUGCAGACCACAGUGAGGCUCAGCAUGUCAGGUGUGGCGUUCAACAGAGAUGGAGAACUGCUUGUGAUUGACUCGGAGCAGGGGAUGAUUUGGAACUUAGGGAAACUCCAGAGUGGCUCAGUCCUAACUCCUCUUGUGGGGGACCAUCUUGUCCGGCCCGUUGGAUUGUCAUUACUGAACAACCUUCUCAUCACACUGGACAGUGGAGAUCAUACAGUGAAGAUUUAUUCUCCUAAAUCUGAUGCCGGACCUGUGAUAUAGUUUAUGUAUGAGCAAUCCCAAAGUAGCUGUUGAAAUGAUAGAAAUGAAAUAAAGUGAAGUGAAAUGUAACUUAUCACAGGAUGAAGUGAUGAUCGCUUAUAUUAAAAAUCUGUUUCUGAGAU